AUGGCGCACCAUUGUAAAACAAAUGGUGUUGCUACUUGCGCCACGAAGGUUUCGCCCGACAGCACCUGCAAUGGCGUGGAUACCAAACCUGACAACAUACCCGAGCCAACUGCUCACGCCGGCAAUCCACAUUCUCUAAGACGCGCGAGCACAAUAUUGAACCCGCUUCCAGCAUACAAACCUAGAAAGCUUCGUGUCGUCACGAUAGGUGCAGGUUAUUCAGGACUCACGCUGGCUCACAAGUUCCAGCAUCAACAUACCCAACUCGCCGAUGUGAUUGAUCACACGAUCUACGAAGUGAGACCCGAGUUAGGCGGCACUUGGAUGGUCAACACCUAUCCUGGUGUCGUCUGCGACGUACCAUCCCACAUAUAUGCUUUUCCAUUCGAUCCCAAUCCUUGCUGGACACGGUUCUUCUCAACUGGCCCUGAAAUCUGGGCAUACAUGAAGAAAACAGCUCAAAAAUGGGGUCUUGAACGUGACGUUAAAUACAACCAUCGUGUCACUGGCGCCUACUGGCGCGAAGACCGGGGCCAAUGGCAGGUAAAGGUCGAGCAUAACAACACAAUCAUAGAGGACUACGCGGACAUUUUAAUAUCGGCACAAGGUUUCUUGAACACCUGGAACUGGCCAUCGAUUCCCGGCUUAUCGCAAUUUAAAGGCAAGAAAGUCCAUUCGGCCAGCUGGGAUCACGAAUACGACUAUAGCAACAAAAGAAUUGCCGUGAUCGGUAACGGAUCAUCUGGAAUUCAGAUACUGCCUCAAAUGGCCAAGUUACCUGGCACCAAGGUUACAAGCUUUCAACGAGGGCCUACGUGGAUAGUCAGCACCAUGAACCCCGCGUCCCUGCUUGGAAAAGACGACCAGGCAUAUAAUCCUGAAUAUACGGACGAAGAGAAGCAAGCCUUUGAAAAUGAUCCUAAGAAACACCAUCAAUAUCGCAAGCAGAUAAUACACAGCAUCAACGACAGUUUUAAGAUGUUUUUGAAAGGCUCCGAACUCAACCAACAGAUUUAUGAUCUUGCUUGUCAACAGAUGAGGAACAAAUUAAAAAAUAACUCGGACCUGUGCGACCUACUCAUUCCGAAGUGGGAGUUAGGCUGUCGGAGGAUCACACCAGGCGAAGGGUAUCUGGAAGCCUUCCUGCGCGACAACGUUGAGCUCACUCAAAGCCCAAUCACAAGGAUCGAUGACGACAGCAUCCUUACCGCCGAUGGGAAGACCUACAAGGUCGACGUUGUUGUUUGCGCAACUGGCUUCGAUGUCUCCUAUCGCCCUCAGUAUCCAGUCAUUGGUCGUAACUCGGUGAGUCUCGCAGACAAAUGGGCCGAGGAGCCUUCGUCCUACUUGUCACUCGCCUCGACAGAUAUGCCCAACUACUUCAUGUUCACCGGCCCUAACGCACUGAUUGGUCAUGGCUCUCUGAUGGAGAGUCUAGGAUGGAGUGCCGAAUACAUGAUCAAGUGGAUCUGGAAGAUCGCCGCAGAGGACAUCAAAGCUAUCGUGCCAAAGCAGAGUGCAGUGGACGAUUUUAUUGUCUAUUCGGACCUGAUCCACAAGACCUUGACUUGGACCGGCUCGUGCCGGAGCUGGUACAAGAAUAAUACUGUUGACGGGCGCGUGACGGCAACCUUUGCUGGCAGUGCCUUGUUGUUCAAACGCCUAAUCCAGGACCUACGGCCCGAAGACUUUGACAUCGAGCCAAGGGGCAGAAACCGUUUUCGAUUCUUGGGCAGCGGAUUUUUGGAAUAUGAGCUACAGAAGGGAAAUGACCUGGCUUGGUAUGUGGAAAAGUGA